AUGGGCGUGUCAUCAAGACCCGUUGGCCACACCGAAAGGCCUGGUCGCUCGUCUCGCGCACCCCAAAAUGACACACCCUACUACACCUAUGCUGGCUCAGCAGGCAAGAAUCCCGAGCAAAACAUUCAGGUUAUCAGCCCAGGCAGCCCGACAGACGAGUUCGUUGCCUCAUUGAACGAGCAAAAUGUCAUUGUCCUGUCUGGCACGCCGAGCCCAACGGCCAGCCUAGACGACUGGGACGAGACCAAGAAAUGGUUCCAGAAACUCGACCCAGAGGCCAAUUGCUCGCUCAAGGUUAACAAAUCGACGCAGAAUUUUUUUAAAAGCUUUGAGUUUGAAUUCUUGCAGCCGUGGUCCUUGACCUUCAGCUCAGCCAGCGAUGUGCUGCUCUUCACCUUUGGUGCCCCGGCCGUGGUCGGCGGAGAGACGGGUAGCAGAAUGCAGCCGCUUGGCAUCGAUGGCGAUAGAGAGAUGCUAACAUGCGGUCUCGACUUUGUCCACACCGAGGAGAUCACGGGUACGAAACUCAAGGACCUAUUCACAUACGCUGACGUAGCCGGCAUGAGUGUAUACGUGCCAAGCGCGAUGCUUGAUCUCGCAGUGACACUAACGAAUAAGCGGAAUGCCCUGUGGUUUGUUCCUGUCUCUGACAAGCGGGUCAACAUUCGCCUGCAGUUCCAGAUGCCCAUCUUUGAUCCCCUGCAGAAUCUCCUCGCCGACUGCUUGAAAGGCUUAACGCUUAAGGCCACAGACGUCAUCUUUAGGAAGCAGACGCUCAUUAAUUGUUCCGUCAAGGCCGAUAACCAAGAAGUGUCAAUGGUUGCCGGCGUCGAGUUUUCGCCUUCGACCAUCAAUUUCACCUUCCUAUUUAUCUCUUCAAACCCCCUUACUGGCAUCCUCAAGUGGCUUAGCUCACUCAUUGGAGAUGAGACGCUAGAGGACAUUGUCAAAAGCAUCCUGAACAAGGAGAACGACACUAAAGUGCUUCCCGAUUUUACCUUGCGGGGGUUGACUAUCGAGCUUAGUGCUCUCAAGGACCCAACGACGCCAAGACUGUCGUCAUUUGCCUUUGAUAUUGAGGUUUCGGCCAACCUUGGUAUCGGGUCUAGCAAGAACCCCGUCAUCUUUCUCGUUUCGUAUAACCGGAAUAGUUUCUCAGGUGGACUCGGCACUUUGGCAGGUUAG